UGGUCCCGUUCGUUGGUGGCACUGGCUGUUGCGCGUCUCAUUGCCAUUGGGAUUCACCAAUCCCAUCCGCGCCCAUCCUCCGAAACGUUCAAGGGUUCGCCAACCCUUCGUCAAGCCUGCGGCCCCUCCGCCUCGUCUCCUCCUUGCUUCCUCUCCCAUGUCAUUGCCCUCGAGCCCGCGCCCCCUCCACCUCGUCUCCUCUCCAACGCCGCCACCCUUGAUGCGCCGUCAGGGACGCCGUCGACACGUCGGGGAUACGUAGCGAUGGAGCUCAGCCCAAGCCCACCAGAAGCCCACUCCUAACCCUAUUCGCUCGAUUAACAAGACCAGGCAACGGAUUGGAUCGAGGGCGCCCGCAUGGCCUCGUCGCCGCUGCCGCCUGGAUUUGCUAGCCGCCGCGUGGAGUCACCCUGGCCGCCGCCUUGAGUCACCUCUGUCGCUGCCUCCUCGAGUCACCUCCAUCGCUGCCGCCUCGAGUCACCUCCGUCGUCGCCACAAGUAAGCUCCACCGUUGCCGCCAGGAAUCUCGUCCAGGCAAGGUAACUUCCUCUGAGCCCCUGCUCUACCUGGUCCUCCUGCCCUGCUUGCGCGUGCGCAUGUGUCUGUGUGUUGUGUGUGUUUAGCCAUCCGCCUCCCUUCCGAUCUUCAGAUCUCCAUAUUUGGUGAAUGCAGUGUUUUGGUUUCGUUGGAAUACUAUCUGUAUUCGGGGAUUAGCUACGAAAUGAUGUUUUUAGUUCGAGUGUGGAUGCUCGGUAAUAGUGAUUUAGGUCUUUUUGUAGAACAGAAUGAUUAAAUCGGUCUAUUUCUGGAGAAAAUUCCUAGGAAUUUGAUUGACGGACGCAUCACUAUCCGGCGCUGGAUUAUACAUUUUUGCAGCACUACCAAUGUUGUUUUUGUUUGGCAGGAAUGAAUGUUCUACGGUAGGAGCAGAGGGGGUUGGGCAGCAGUUGAGCUUAGAUUCAAGAUUUUCUUACACAUGGGGCUUAUUCUCCUAAUGUUUCUAGGUUGCUUUGGAGGCUGAUAUCAGGUGGCUACUCAUGUCUGGCUUGGUGCUUAUAUUUUAGAUGUUCCAUUAAUCUUGGCUGCUUUUCUCAUCCGUUUUGGGCUUUAACCUUGGAUCUAGAAGGUUGCAGCUUCUUUGUUCUCCUACUCAAGAUUUUCUCAUUGUUCAGUUCAAGCCAUGUUCCUCUGGUAUCUUCCUUUACAUUUUCUUUAAGAGAUGGUCAGUUGAUCUAGCCAAGGGCUUCUCUAUUGUUCAUGGUUUAUUGGAAUAUGUUUUGCUUGGCUAACAAAAUAGUAUGCAUGUGUGUGAGAUUACUUCUCGGUAAAUCUAACAUAAGAUUCUACCUUUAAUUCCAAUUUUUUUUAACUCUCACAAGCUCCCUUUGAUGUUAUGUGUUGCUGGAAGUUUGUACUUGCAAAGAGAACAAUUGAAAACUUGACCACUACAAUUAUAUUUACCGGCUAUAAUGGUAACUGGGGGAUAAGCAUCCUAGACAUUUGUACCAAAAUCCUUGGGCGUUCCUAUAUGGUCUCUCUAUUUUAGAGUAUGAUGCCCUCAACAAUUGGAAGAAUCAACAUGUAAAUCAAUUUAUAAUUAUAAAACCUUGUGAGCUGGAUCUCCAUUUUCAAUUGGUGGCUUUUCUUAAACAUUCAUAAUUUUGAAAGCUUCUACAAGACUCUCCUUAGACCAUUCAGCAUAUGUUCUAUAACCCAAAGCAAGUGCAUGGAUACCCUAUACUCCAACAAGAUAUUAUAUGAACGCAACUAAAAGGAAAAUAACAUCUCUCCAGAAACUGAAUUUUCCUCAAAUCAUUUCUCGAGAUGCCCUCUAACCUAUGUUGCGUUUAUGACUGAAUCUUCUUUUCUUUAAGACUAGCAUGUUAUCAGCCUUUGGCAUCUUUAAUCUUCAAUGUAGAAGAUUUAGAUCAAAUUUGAUCGUAGCAAACACAAAUGAACACAAUAAAAAAGUUGAUGGUAAAAUUGUUCAUUGUCUGCCAUAUUAUAUUUGUUAUAAGUGAUAGUAGAAACUAAUAAUGAAUUCUAUCUACAUUCAAUGAACUAUGGAGAACAUGUGCUUGGGAGGGGAUUUGGAAAGAUCAGUUACGACGAGUUCUUGUUUUACUUAAUAAUCUUCAGUUUCCUAAUUCAUAGCUCUGUGUAGUGUGUACACACUAACCAAAGGAGGAUCACAUUUUGUUCUUCCUUUUUUAAAUAAUUAUGAGUCAGUUGCAUUCUGUUGGUUCACUAAACUCACCUUACUCAUUGUUUACAUAUAGAAAUAAACCCUUUUGGUCAUUGUAGAUGUGUACUGUUGUAACAAUGCAUGUUAGCUACAGGUGUUAUAUAAUUCGCCAUGAGCUGCCUGAGGUGAGGAACGGGCACUCCCAACGCCGUCCUCCAAUCAGUCCUUCACGGCAAAGAAAGCCAGCUCUCGGAUUUCAGUAAGGAAGGCGCGGCCACCAUGCCAUGUCCAUGGCACCACCGACCCUUUACCUGCCUCCUCUUUGAAGUGCAGCACCAUCGUACCCCCUUUGGCCCUUCCCAUACAGUUUUGCCUCACCAUAGGAGGAAGACAGGAGCUGUCUGCCUGCCUGCUACCCCAAAAGGAUGCGCCACCCAGUCAGCCGAGUGAUGGUAGAUCCCAGUGGAAAUGCCUCUGGCUCACUGGUUUUGGUUCAGUUUGAAGGGCUCUCGGGGCAAAAGAUAAUUGAGUUGUUGAAUCUGAAUGGGCGCCGCGAGGAGUGGAGGAUCGAGGGUCUUCGCAAGGAGUUGAAGGCUGAGGUCAUGGUUGCCAGCUUCAAUUUUUUGCUGACCAAUUCCUCAAGAGUCUUGCCAAGAUCUGAGGAUGAAGGGAAGAAGAAGAAUUUAACUAAAGAGUUGAAGAAGAUGAAGCAAUGUACGGGCCAGAGACAAUCGGCGAUAAAAACGAUCUGCUUGCAAGUUCUAUAUUACCAGCGGAGGCUUUGCCAAGAGGAAGGGUAAUUCGUGCAGGGUAAUAAACCCUACAUGGUAAUCAAGGGGAACAUCUUUAUAAGUUGUGCUUUUUGUAAGCUACGAUGUGUUUUUCAUCUCGUUGUUCUUUAGAUAUCUUCCUUUUACAUUUUUUGUAUGUGAUGGUUAGUUGAUCAGGCUGAGUGCUUCUUUGCAGUGCUUGCUUUGUUGGAACAUGUUCAUUUGGCUAAUAAAACAUUACACAUCUCUCUUGAAUUAUGUGCAUCUCCUUUUUAGUUAUUUGAUUUUUUUAGUGACUCGCUAAUUGGAAAAUCAGGAUUCUAAAACUUGGCAUAAUGAAUUCUUGAAUUACGUACUUCUUAUUGUGCAUGUCAAACUGAGGACUAAAUAUAUUUUUAGUUGAGCUAUUGUUUUGAGUAUUUCUCUGCAACAACUUAAAUUACUUUUUGCAAAUAAAAUGAGCUAGCAUAUGCUAUACUUGCAAUGGUAAAUUAAUUAUGCAGUUUUGAGGAUUGAGGAAAUUAAUGGUCAGUCGGUCAUUGAGGGUUUGAAAGAGCCAUCAAGGCAACGAUCUCAUUUCAUCUCAUGUAUUGAUUUUGUUAUCUUCUUUAUAUGGCAUUUUAUUAAUUAUUUAUAUAUAUUUGCCGUACUGCUUUUCUAAAAAUUGAUGUAUCCUUUGUCUCCAUUUCCGUAUCGCCGUAUCUGUGUUGCCAGUGCACCAUAACAAUUACUUAUUGAAGGAAAAUGUCCCUCUUCUUGUUCCCAUUGCUCGAUAAGCAUGAUCGCAUUUCUACCGAUUGAUUAUAAAUAUGGCCUUUCUUUUGA